AGGCGAAUUCGCGAGAAGUAUCGAUUUUAUGAUCGUGUCUCGCGGUUAGUGUGUCCGUUUCCUUAGUUUUUAGUGGCUGUGCUCCGUAUCGUACAUGGAUAAAAUAGUGAAUGGGAUUAUUUACUAGGUGGAUUUUGCUGCACGCCCAGUGACUCACAACACGUGAUACAACAUGACCAAAGAUAGAUUAGCGGCCCUCGUAGCGGCUCAGUCGGACGAUGACGAUGUGGCGGACGAGGUGUCCGUCAAUGUUGGAGGGCAGGAUGAUUUCAUGACAGAGUUCUUUGCGGAGGUGGAGGAAAUUCGUGAAAUGAUAGACAAGAUCCAGACGAAUGUUGAGGAAGUCAAGAAGAAACACAGUGCCAUCCUGUCGGCGCCGCAGACAGAUGAAAAGGUUAAAAUGGAACUCGAAGAUCUGAUGGCUGAUAUCAAGAAAACUGCCAACAAAGUUCGGGCUAAAUUAAAGGUGAUAGAGCAAAAUAUUGAGCAGGAGGAACACACGAACAAAUCAUCGGCAGAUCUCAGGAUACGCAAGACGCAACAUUCGACGUUGUCAAGAAAAUUUGUCGAAGUGAUGACUGAAUAUAAUCGUACGCAGACCGACUAUCGAGAGCGAUGUAAGGGAAGGAUACAACGGCAGCUUGAGAUCACGGGGAGAACGACGACUAAUGAAGAACUUGAAGAAAUGUUAGAACAAGGAAAUCCAGCUGUCUUCACACAGGGGAUCAUCAUGGAAACGCAACAAGCGAAACAGACGCUUGCAGACAUCGAAGCUCGACACGCUGACAUCAUUAAAUUAGAAAAUUCCAUCAGGGAACUUCAUGACAUGUUCAUGGACAUGGCCAUGUUAGUCGAAAGUCAGGGUGAGAUGAUAGAUCGCAUAGAAUACCACGUGGAACACGCGGUUGACUACGUACAAACGGCCACGCAGGACACCAAAAAAGCACUCAAGUAUCAAAGCAAAGCUCGACGGAAGAAGAUCAUGAUCAUGAUCUGCCUCGCCAUUCUCGCUGUCAUCGUGGCGACUACGAUCGGUUCAUACUUCGGGCUGUGAACAUCUACAAGAAGAGGCAUAAACGCGUCAAAAAUGUGUGAUGAGCAACUGGUCGGAUUGUUUAAAAAAAAAUUCUGCGAAGAAGCUACGAUUGUACACGCGUUGGGGCGAAUCAUGCAUAUUACUAUCCCAAUAUAUGCCACCGAGACUGCUGAAAAUCGUGAAUUUCAUUUCAUUUAAUCAUCAUAAACAUGAUUAUUAUAUUCAUAAAUUAGAUACAUAUAUAUUUUUUCCAACACUCAUCAUGAUUGGCAAAGAAAAAGAAAUAACGAAAUUAAUUCGUUCACCUAUUCAUCACAAUUUGUUAUUUUAUACAUAUGUAUAUAUAUGUAUGUAAAUAUAUACAUACAUAUACGUAUUAGGUUUACCUAUAAAAUGGUACUUGAUAUGUAUCUACUCAUUAUGCAUUAUAUCUGUAACAUCAAAACUAUAGCCUAGGUAAACAUUAUUAAACAUUAUUAUAUUACGUAUAUAACAGCAAAAAGAGAAUAACAAUAAUAAUAGUAAUAAAUAACAUCAUAAUAUGAACAACUGCGGGGAAGAUAAGAAGGAGAAAAUGAGAAUCUUGAAGGAGAAGAGAAAAAUAGCACAUGAAAGUUAUAAUUUGGUUGACGAUAUUUUAUAUUGAAUCGUAGCUUGCAAUAUUCGGUGGAUUAGCAUUUGCGUAUUGAUCACACAUACACAUGUAUAUAUAUAUAAAUAAUAUAUAUACAUGUAUAUCAUAGGGUUACCCAUUCGUACUAUAAAACAAUGACGACGAGGCAUCGCUAUUUACAAACGAGUGUGUGCAGUGAUUACUAUUAACAUUAAUUCAAACAAAAAUUUAAAUAUCUAUGUACAAUUUCUCUAACUAAAAUCGGCAAAAGCUUAAUAUACCAUGUUAUCUAUCAAUAAUUUCAAUUGUGGUACGUUGAAAAACUUUUGGAAGUUUCAGAUUUCUUUGUACUUUUAUUUUUCCAAAUUUGAAAAAGAUUUUUCUCCUACUGACGAUAUUACAAAGACAAAAAUUUGUAGAAAUUAUUUGUUACAUUUGUCCAUUAGAGAGAUUUCAUUUAUCACUCACGUACGCAUACCAGAUAUACUGUAAACGUUAUUUCAGUUUUGUUAGUUUCAAAAUCAAAUCUGAAACAUACGCCGUUGUUUUAUUGUGCUGGUCACAUAAAUGAAAACUUUUGCUGCAGCAAUAAUAUUAUAUACAUACAAUAUAGGUGUUAUGGAAUAACGAUAAUAAUAUUAAUAAUUAUUAAUAAAAUAACAAUAACGAAGAAGGGGGAAAAAACGAGAGAAAAAUGGAAACUAAAUUCAGGGGCGAAAAAAACCGAAAAUAAUAAUAAUAAUAAUAAUCGUAAUAAUGAUAAUAAAAUUAAUAAAUUUUCGUGUGUUGAAAUAUAAUAUAUUAAUUUCUUUGUAUGCAAGUUAUAAAAGUUACACGAAGUGAUCAUGAUCGAGAAAAAGAUAUUUCGAUGUAAGUAAUAUACAAUAUACUUAAUAACAUAUUUACAGAUUAUGAUGAUAAUAAUAACAAUAACCAAUUAUAAAGAAAAAGAACUAAGAAAGAAAAAAGAAGAAGAAGAAUAUUAUUAAAGAAGGAAAAAGAUAAAGAGUUGAACCUUAAAAUAAUUAUGUUGAUUCCCGAGAAAUAUUAUUGUAAUUAAUCAUACGUACAAUAAUAUGCGUAUAUAUAUAUGUAAAACAAACGUUAAGAUGGUCAAUACAUUCGCGAAAAAUAAGCAGAGAUAUUUAAAAAAGUAACGAAAGACAGAAAAGACGAAGCAUAAUAUGACAUUAUAUAAUAACUAAUUGAAUGAGAUGAAAAUAAUAAAUUACACGUUACAAAUAUAUAUAAUGAUUCAAUAUGAUAAUUAUUAUUAUUAUAUCAAGCUCACCUUGCAUUGUACAGAAAGUGUAUUUGUUAGUUUAGGUAGCUAUGUUAUUAUCUAUUAUACUCAUUCUAUAAUAAUAUUAUUAUAUAAAUUGAAUUAAAGGUUAAACUAAAUUAUAUAAAUAUAAUUCUUCAAUCAUUCUACGUUAGCUAGUCAAAAUCGCAUCAUAUAGCCAUCAUAUAUCAUCACCUUCACCAUCAUCAUCAUCAUUAUCAACAUCAUCAUCAUUAUUUAAUAUACAUACAUAUUAGUAUAUGCAUAUUAUUAUUAAUGUAUAAUAGAUAUUAUAUGUUACUAGAAAAAGAACCAGUCGGGAUUUAGAGUUUCAUAUGAUUGUGAAAUUGAUAACGAUAAAUGAAAGUUGUACGUGCCGAUUUGAAGGGUGCGAAAAAUUGUCGCAACAAAAUUUUCAAACUACUGAGGAAAAGCAAAGUAGGAUAAUAAUUAUUUUUUGGCUUAUUCGGCAAGCAUUUCAAAUUUCUAUACGUCGGGGUCAUCGCUACCAAUAAUUCUUAAGCUGCAGGAUAAUUUUCAUUCGGUAGAAAAUUAUUAUAUUAAUAUUAUUGAACGGAGAAACGGAAAUUCAGAUACAAGAUUCAAUCUAUAUAAUAUGUUUAUAAAGUUGAGAAAAAAGCAAUCUUUCUGCUCUCUUGGUGUUCACUAAGUAAAAGAAAAUGAGAAAAACCAGAAUAUAAUGAAGAUUUGAAUCAAGAGAGUGAUGGUAUUACUGUAAUGUCGGAUGAAUCCAAGCCUGCUUCUUUACGUACACAUAUGAUUGCGAUACGGUUCUACAUUCAGACGCAUUGUUUCAUUUUUCAUUUCUUCAUUCAUCCAGUUUUUUGGUUUUUCGUUCUCUCUCACAGUUACAUUUGGCUCUGAUUUGGCGUUAAUCCUUAAUCGAAGUACUUCAACUUCAGGGCAAAGAAAGAACCGAAAAAAACGAAACAAGAAAAUUCGGAAAAAUUAUCAAAACCUCCAUCGCAUUCUAACUCCAUACAUAUUCCACAUCUAAUAUACCGUAAUUAUGUACUCAUACACAUACCCAUAUUGUUCAUAUUGAGAUAAUUUUUAAACGUGGUGAAUUGUCCUAGAAAAAAAUAAUUAAUAAAUAAAGGAAAAAUGAAAAAAAAAGAUAAGAAAAAUAAAUCUCGAUCUCUGUAAAUUAAACAAUUUUCAAUGUAAUUAUAUUCAAUUAUUUAAUCAACGAUAUUCAUUAGGAUUCGAUCAUGUUUAGAUAGCGGGCACCAAAGGGCGUGUAUAAUUAUUACACAUAAUAUAUAGAUACAUAUAUAUGUGUUGAAAAUAAAUUUUAUGAAAAAUGAACUCGAACCUGACUUAUUAUUUUUUCAUUUAUAAGCACAGUGGCUUUAAUCUGUGUACCGAUGUACGUAUUCUAUACAGUUGCUGGUCGGAGUCACUCGACAAAAAUGAUUUUCAAAUAUUGUAAGUGAAAUUUGAGAAUUGUUUUUCAACCUACGCAGGUGUACAUAUAUAUAUGUACGUAUGUGUGUGUUAGGUAUAUCGACCAAUGGUGCCCUUUCACGAAAAAUUAAGAAAUGAAUAAAUAAUUAAGAAAGAUAGAAGAAAACUCAAUCGAAUUCACGUACUGAAAAGUAAUAGACAAUUCUCGGUCGCCCGUAUAAAAAAGUGAAUGUGUCGUGAAAAGCUCGAUGCGAAAUGAUUCAAUAUUAGAUGGAUAUGAAAAUUUUAGCUUUAAUCUCAGAUAUAUUAGUUUAGCUAUUUAUAUAGUCGAAAGUGAAUAAAGAAAAGAGAAGAAAAAAAGUAAAAGAAAAAAAAGUAUUGAAUAAUGUAUGAUAAAUUCAUCAUAGGAAUUGAGAUACGUUACUUUCUUAUAUUGAUAGAUAAUUUUACAAUUUAAAAUAAUUAUUAUGCAUAAUAUAAUAUGUAAAUUAUAUAUACAUAGAUAUAUAUAUUAUAUAUAUGAUAUAUUAUUGAUGCACAAUGAAGAUGUGUGUUGAUAAUUUUGGCCUAAAUUUAAUUUCGUUGAGGUUGAUCGUGCUGUGAUCAUUUUUAUUCAUUAUUCAUUCCUCAUUGAUCCUUGCGCCUGUGCAACUCACGAUAAUCAUUGCUGAAUUUUAGCUUUUCAAAGUUCAGUGAUAUAUACUUAAUACAAUGGUACUUAAUAAUAUAAUUAGAUAUUUUCAUGAACUUUAACGUACGAUCUAAAUUUAUUAAUCGAUAUACGUAUAUCUGUAUGGAUACUCUAUAAAAUUUUAACUGAAUUGAAACAUUUUUUUUUCAUUUUUCACUGGUCAUCAGAGGUCAAAAUGUAUCAUGAAAUUAUUUUUCACUAGCAGCAGCGACAGCAGCAGCAAGAUCAAAAGCAGCAGCAGUAGCCACAGGUGAAAAAUUGUCUUCCUGCGAAUCAUUUUAUUAUCACAAGUUCUUUUUUUUUUUUUUCCCUUCAUUAAUCACGAUAGUUGAUUGGAUUUGGAUUCACUUGUGAACAUUUAUAUCGUUCGUACGAUGCCAAAUAAUUCGUACAAACCAAUAACGUUGAAUUAAAAAAUUAUAUUAACGACAUUAAUUAAAGCUGCAGUCAACCUCGGCGCCUUGUAUAACGAUAUGUUGUUUCUAUAUAAUUUAUUGCAUCUCAUUGCAUUACAAGUUUUGAAAUGCACCGAUUUAGCGUUCAUUCUGUCAUCUUAUGUUUAUCUUUCCGCAUUAAUCAUUAUAAAUGAAUUAUAUAAUUAAUUAUUAUUAUGUAUGUAACACAUUUAAUAUGAAAAAAAGGCUACUUCACUAACCUUAUAUGAGUGUCAAUUCCACUUUCAAAACUAUAUAUAUACAUAAAACGUGAUUUUUGAAAACGUUAGAUAAAAAAAUACAUACAUGUAUAUUAACACACAUAUGUAUGUGAUAUUGAAAUAAAAUUUAAAAGUUGGAAGUAAAGAUUGAAAGAAAAAAAGGAAAAAAAAGCAUAAAAAAGAAGACGAGAAAAUAAGAGGAAAAACAGCAAAAAACGGUUGCAUGAUACUAUGGGUGUUGAUGCAACAAAGUGAGAUUAUUAAUUAAUUAAAAUUUAAAGGAAAAACUCUAUAAAAUUAUGUAGCCAUGAAAUCAACAUAAUAAAAAUGAUUAAUAAUAUAUACUUUUCAUCUCAUAGAUAUUUCAUAAUAGGUAUAACAUACACAUGAAUUAUAGUAGUUAUAUGAAACUAGGAAUAUAUACAUGAUUCCAACUACAAAAAAAGGAUAAUGAAUAAAUAAUGAUGUAAAAAAAUUAAACAAAUUAGUUAUCAUUGAAUAUCGACGAUCAGAAAAAGAAAAUUAAAAAAAAACUAAGGAGAAAAAAACCAAUACUAUACCAGCAAUUAUUAUAUAUUUAAAUGAAUCAAUAAUGUUUUCAACCCAUAUGAAUUUAAAAUGAUUAACGUAAAUACUUUCGCAAAAACGCGCGAUGAAGGUUAAAACAUUAGGUAUAAUACGACAUAACAUGUUUUUUUUUUAGGGAACAAAAUCUUUAAUCGAAUUUUAUAAAACAUUAUAUAAAAUUAUUUGUUAUGAACAUUAUUAUCAUUAUUAGUAUUAUUAUUAUUAUCAUCAUUACUAUACUUCUACUACUACACUGUACAAAGAUGGCAAUAAUCUUAAGACACUUACAAAAUCAUUACUUCAUUACUUGGAGAAGAAUAUUCUCAUUAUUUUUAGUAAUGUCAUAGCAUUGUUAUUAUAAUCACUAUGAUUAUCAUUAUUGUCACUAAAAGUUUAUUGUUCAUAGUCGUCAAACGAAAUGAUUAGGUGAAAUUCGAUUCAAGUGACAAGAUUAAUUGAUAUUAUGACACAUGCGAUUGAAAUAUAAUGAUAUCGAAAUGAAGUAAUAUGUACUUAUUAUCAAUACACGAUCAAAUAUAAUUUUCAAAAUCCACAAUAUUGUUAAAAAAUUAUUCUAUAACAUCUUUAUAGUCAAUACAAUAUUACAAAAUUAACGCAACAACACGUGUGUGUAUAUCCAGUGACUGGAUGAAGGUUAAACAAAAAAUUAAUGAACAGAUAAGAAUAAUAGAAAAAAAAUUAAAUAGAACAAAUUAAAAUAAAACCUAAAAGCAAAGGAGAUGAACUUAAACAAAAAUAAAAUAACGCAAAAUGAAGUUACAUACGUAGUAUAUUAUAAUGAUUAAAAUUUUACAGAAAAGAUAAAGAAGAAAAAAAACGAAAAAGAGAAAGAAAAAUGAGAAAAAAAAUAAUUGAAAAAUAAUAAUUUGUUCAAAGAAGGAACACCAGGUUUAAAGGUGAUGAUUAUGGCAGCUGAUAUGUGAUCAAUUGAAAUGUGCCCUUUCAUCGUAUAUAUCCAGCACAAAUCUAUAUACCCCUCUGCGGAUAGUGCGAGUGGUAGCUGGACCUCUUGUCCUUAUAUACAAACUACAUAGCUGGUCUAAUAGGUAUAUAGGUAUUAGUAGUGAGAUGUAAGACACAGCACAUUAUUAAGAUAUACGUAGAUCAAUUGAGAUUCUUCGAAUGGAAUUGAUAAAUUAUAUCUUUCAGUAUCGUCAUCUCCAUUUGAUUAACUCAAUGCAAAAAAAGAUUUAAAAAAAAAUGAAAAAUAAACAAUUUUAGACAUCGAAAAUGAAUACACAAAUAACCGAAAGAAAAAACAAACAAACAAACGUACAUAGAGAAGAAAAUAUAUGAUAAAAACUACAACAUGAGAAAAGAAAACGAAAAACGAGAAAUAGUAAAAACUAAAGAUUAAAAAAUGAAUGAUAAUAAUAAAUGAAUAAAAAUGGAAAGAAAUGAAAAAUAUCAAUGUAAAAUUAUAUUCUUUUACGUUUCGACUCACUCUGCUAUAGCUAAUCCUCCUCUAAUAAAUUAUAAAUUGAAUAGCUAACUAAAAUUUUUUCAUUGUACCGAUAUACAUAUACCUGUAUUAGAUAUGUAUAUGUUAGGUAUAUUAAAUAUUUUAAUGUAUAGCUAGUCGAUGAUGAUCUUAUCUAAUUAUAAUUUAAUUUUAUAAAUAUUUAAAGCAAUGGUACAGACAUAGGUAUGAAUACGUACAUAUAUAUAUAUAAAGUUAAAGAUAAACCAAAGAAAAUAUGUUUAAAUAAAGUUAUAGAUAUAUCUGCAUUAUACUAACGAUAUUUAGAAAAAUUAAAACAAUAUUUUGAUUGAUAUAGAAUCAUAGGUAUUUAAAUAAAUGUAUAGGUACAUGUAUUAUACAUGCGAAAUAUCAUCCGGCAAAUGGUGAAUGAUACCCUCUUGAAAUUCACGGUAAAUUUUACGAUUAUCGAAGAAUAAAACAUCGAUUAAACGGCACCUCUGUCUCCUGUAAUAUUUGACUGACGAAAAAUUUUCCACCGAACACGAAUAAAAAAGAUAAUACAUAUAUUUUACGUAGAAGCUCUAUCCCUGAUUAUGGCGUAUCUUAACUGUUGCAUUUGGAAAAAGUUAAUCUUUGUUUCUGUAUUGAAAAAUUGUAAGGAAUGAUUUGAAGAAGGAAUAAAAGUUUCAGGGGGCGAGGUGCCCCUCACUCUGGCGUUGUGACCUGUAGCGCAUAAGCCAUACGAAAUUUAAAAGAAACGUAAAAUAAAAUAAUGAAAAACUUAAAUUACAUGAUUUGAGAUUGAAUUUUUUCUUCCUUUUAUCUAAUGAUCUUCUGUCAUGUAUUGUUGCAUGAUGAAAUAUACAUCCACGUUUAUUCAUAAAGGGAAAAAAAAAGACGAAAAAUUAAAAAUUAUAUGAGAUAACUUGAAUCAAAAUUUAAUAUUUAUAAUCAAUUAUUAGGGAUGACCAUUUUUUACUUGAAAAUUUUGGAGUGAAAAGAAAAACGACCACAGAACCCUCGAGUCGCAUGUACACGUAUGAAAAAAUGGUGUGUAUAAUAAAUGCACAGGUCGUUUUUUUAAAUAACUUAUUCAACUUUUUGUUUUGAAUAUUUGUUAAACUGUAAUAAAGUAAUAUUAAUGUUAUACCGAAAUCGAUGAUAAAUAUAUAAAGUACAGUUGUGUUUUGAGAGUAUAUGCAGAUAUACAUAUAUACAUAUUAUAGGAAGAAGACAAAGAGCGUAAAUAAAUAAAUAAAGUUCACUGUGCUCUGCUGUAAAACAUGAUAAACUCAUAUACCUAUAUAUGCUAUACUAAUAUGGUUAUUAUAAUAACUGUAUAUAUACAGAAAAAUCACGAACAGGCUAAUAAACUGUAUGCAAAUCAA